AUGCCGGAGUGGAACUCAAGGCAAGAGACGCCCUGUACGGACAGAACGCCAAGAACGAAGGGCUCAGCACCCUUCCCACUGAUAAUCAAGGUAAUGGCCCGGUCCAAGAUCCAGCACAUGUCGGUCGUGGCAUCUGUUUACAGUAAGAAGGGGGGGCACGACAUCACCAGGAGUCAAAAGUACGAGGACGAGAUGUCAGCCGCCUAA